AUGGGCCUUGAGAGCUUCAAUUCAUGUCAGAGAGACGAAAUUGUAAUACACCAUUAUCCCUCUGACAUGUUACUGAAGGAAAAAGAAAACACCCUUGUGUCUCCGUCAUCGCGGAAUGUUGCUGUACAGGAGCGUCAGCAAGCCGCGGUGCAAGAGCAAAACUUCGUAAAGACAGGCGACUUUUAG